AUGACUGCGACGACUGUGUCAAGCAGCACUUCUGCGACUAGUACGUCGUUUAGCAGUACGAGUGGGACCCUCACGAGCAUUAGCGUUACCAGCAGCACUACGACCAGCAGAAGCGACACCACUACGACCGGUACCAGCGCCACGAGCUUGUCGGCGUCGUCGACAGCCACGACGACUUCCUACAUGGACUACACGUUGCUGCCUCCCGGUCAGACGUGCCAUGAGGCCGGCAUGCAGGACAUACAAGUGUCUGCAGAGUGUUUUGGCCCUGCCAUGGUUUCCGUCAACCUCAGCUCCGCUGGAACUCAGGAUUUCACGGACGACGCCAUGCCGUUCACAUGCGUGCAUGUGGCCUCGAAAGAUGCGGUAUACUUUGGAGACUCUAGCUCCGACACCGCGUCGCCCAACCCGACAUACCAGUACAUCUGUAUUGGCAUCCUGACGACGACUGUUACGUCGGUGAGCAGUACAAGCGGCAGCAGCACGAGCGUGACCAGCAUGACCAGCAGGAGCAGCACGGGCAGCAGCAGGACUCUGACCAGCAGCAGCAUCGCCAGCAGCAGCACCAGCAUGACCAGCAGCAGCAGCAGCAGCAUUACCAGCAUGACCAGCAGCAGGACUCUGACCAGCAGCAGCAGCAGCACGAGCGUUUCCAGCAGCACUGCGAGCAGCAGCAGCACAGCGACCAUUACGUCGGCGAGCAGCAGCACCACUGUGCACAGCACUACUGGCACUGGCAGCCGCAUGUCAUCUGGAACCAGCUCAACAAAUAUUGCUACCGAUCGGAUCCAAGACUCUGUUUCGAACAGUGAGGCGCCACUUCAACUAAGCGGAUCGAUUUGGGCUUCAUUUGCAGAUCCAGACGCGCUCUGGAAUGAUUCAGAGGCUGCGGAUACUGUCUUGAACGCGUUUCGUCUCACAAUCUCUCAGGUAGUGAGCAUACCAGCGAGCUGCGUAUCCGUUUGGUACGGAAAGUCCCGGAGGGUCAGGGCCGCCACGCGACGGCUCACGGGGGAAACCCUGGAGGUGGAAUUCAGCAUCGACGUGCCCCUAGACAGC